UUUAAUUGCUUCUUCCCAUCUCUCCAUUAUUCGCAUCUUCUUCGUCUUCUUCGCUCUGUUCAACGAAGAGUUCUCGUUAGUCUUACCAUGGCGGGAUUUCUCUCCCUCCUCAGGCGCGCAUACCUCACUCUCUACAACUGGACCGUCUUUGUUGGAUGGGCUCAAGUUUUGUACCUUUCUCUGAAGACGCUGAAGGAAUCGGGACACGAACAUGUCUACGAAGCUGUCGAGAAGCCUCUCCAACUUGCUCAGACCGCCGCCGUUCUCGAGAUUCUUCAUGGAUUGGUAGGUUUGGUUAGAUCUCCAGUUUCUGCAACGCUGCCACAGAUAGGUUCAAGGCUAUAUGUUACAUGGGGCAUCCUAUACAGUUUUCCCGAGGUUCGAUCUCAUUUCCUUGUUACCUCGUUGGUCAUCAGUUGGUCCAUCACCGAGACUAUACGGUACUCAUUCUUCGGCCUCAAAGAAGGUUUGGGCUCUGCUCCUUCAUGGCUCCUAUGGCUCAGGUACAGCAGCUUUCUGUUGUUAUAUCCAACCGGUAUCACCAGCGAAGUCGGUCUUAUCUACCUCGCCUUGCCACAUAUUAAGGAGACAGAGAAGUAUUGCAUUAGGAUGCCGAACAAAUGGAACUUCUCCUUUGACAAUUUCUACGCCGCAAUACUCGUUCUUGGAAUCUAUGUCCCAGGGAGUCCUCACAUGUACACUUACAUGCUUGGCCAGAGAAAGAGAGCUCUCUCCAAAUCCAAGAGUGAAUGAGAAGAAGAAGAACCCUCCCCUUUGGUUAAUGAUUAAUAUUCGGUUGCACUUUAGUACAUUACAUCCACCAAUGUAAUCUGAUUUUUUAUUUUGUUUUGUGAGAUCGUUAUCUGGUCGGUCCAGCGAUUUCAAUUAUUACACGGAUCAUUACUCGAUGUUUUUUUUUUACAGGAGCUUAACAAUUAGUAUGA